UUACCAUCCCGUUUAAAAGGAAACCAACGCAACUAAAACGGAGGCUUUAUUCGCUCCUGUCUGGACUUUUGCGUGCGUGUUGGGCCCUCGGGGAGACCCGUUGAAGGGAGACGGAAGAGCGGAGAGCUCGUAUAGCGACUUCUGGGAGUUCAAAAACGGGCCUUACCGUGUCCGAAGAUCCGCGACUGCCUUGUGACAGCAACAACACAACACGGAAACGCUGUAGGCGAGCUCCUAACUACGCAUGCGCUGCGGAGAGAGCGCGUUGACGACAUUCGGGGCUCAUCCGAAGUCCGAACAAGCAAAAAUAAUUGACUUUGAGUUUUCAUAUUUGUUUUAAACUUGCUAGACCUAAUGAAUACAAUCAAAGCAAACUAAAAAAAUAAAAUGUUAAAGGUCAUUUUGGAGAAUGUAAAACCAAUAACCGUAUAUUACAACAUAAACCAUCAGGUCAUUAAUUUUUGGGAGGAUUAAUGGUCAAUUAAUUAAUAAACAUAUUUGUCAUAUAAUACAAGCACAUAUCUAUCUAUGCUUAUUUAUAUGCUUGUUUCAGGUUUUUCUCAUAAAUCCAGUUGUUGGUCCAAAUAUGGGAAUAAGAAUAUUCCAUCAGUGUGGUCCAAGCUCCUCCCUCUUCCCUCCUUCCAUCUUUUGCUCCCUUCCUUCUCCACUUGGACCAUCAGGAGCCAAACCAGCCGGAGGAUGUUGUCAUCUCUUUCCUGCUCUGGCCCGCCUCCACCUGACCAGACAGCGACCUCUGACUCCCGGCACAUCACUAUGGAAACGUACUGGCGAGAGGUCCAAAGCAUCGAAGAGGAACGGGAGGGAGAUGAGGAGGAGGAAGAAGAGAGGAAGAGUAUGGACGAGGUGGAGUUGGAGGAGGCGUGGCUAACAGAGGCGGGGUUAUCAUCGUUGGUGACGGGCUUGACGUCGGAAGAGGCUCCGCCCCCGGCCGAGGCGCUCCUGUCCACGCUGACGCACCAACAGGCCGCGACCGUCAAGGCGAGACUGGACAAUUACAAGCACACAAUGAGGGAAAGGAACAGACCAAUCAGGGACGUGCGAGACGUUUUUGCGUCGGACUCGGAAGCAAGCCCUGCUUCUCCCAGUCAGUGCACGGAGUCGCCGCCGAGCCGCUUCCAUACCACCACCAAAACUAUUCGCCGCAACACAACAUCAGUGCGACCCAGGCUUCCCAAUUGUUAUCCACCUGAUGACACGCUAUUCCCCGCCAACACGCCGCUCUCUUCCACGCACACUUCAUCUCCUGCCCCGGGCCAGGAGAGGCAUGCUGAUUGGCUGGUGCGUGACUGUCCCUACUCUGAAGGUGUGGCUGAGCAUAAAAGGGGCGUGGCACAUUGUUGGGAUUGCCUGCGUUUCCAGGGAGAGGACAGCAAAGACGAGCCAUUUGUCUGUCCACCUCAAGGGGUUACUCUGGCAGACGACCUGUCCUCAGGUGACUUGAAGCGACUGGGCUUCAUCUGCCACAUCGAGCUCUCCACCUUCCUGCAGGCUUUGGGCGUGCAAACCAAACGCAACCGGCCGACACGCUCCAGGGGCUGGGACGGCGCUGUCUUUGGCGUUGCUCUCAACACGCUGUUGGAAAACGACAGGAGGAAGUUGCCGGGGGUCAAAGUUCCAGUUGUCUUUCAGAAGUUGUUGAGUGUUUUAGAGCAGAAUGGCUUGCAGACAGAAGGUAUACUCCGGGUGCCAGGAUCAGCUGCUCGACUCAAGUACCUGCGCAGAGAGCUAGACAGGUGUCCAGAGGGGUUCGACUGGUCCAAAGUGAGGCAGGUAGACGCUGCUGGUUUGCUCAAGCUUUUUAUCCGAGAGCUGCCGACUCCUUUGCUGACACACACACACCUGCCGACUUACCAGGCUGUACUGGGUACCAACACACACACGUGCAGAGACACUAACAAACUAAAGCUGACAAGUGUGUGUGUGUGUGUUGGUGUAGGUGUGUCAUCAGCUGUUCACCAGGUUCAGGCGCUGCAGAUGUUGUCGUUGUUGCUUCCUGAGUCGCACAAAGAAACUCUGAGAGCUCUGCUGGUGUUCCUCAGUAAGGUUGUCUCCCAUCAGGACCAGAACAGGAUGUCUCUCUGGAAUGUCUCCAUGGUCAUGGCGCCCAAUCUUUUUGCCCACCAUCACCGUGGUAACAAGCACUCCUUGGCCAAGCAGCAGGAGGACAUGGAGAAGGCGGUGGGCGGAGCCGACCUGGUACGUCUGAUGGUGGUGAACCAGGACGUCUUGUGGACGGUGCCCAACUUCCUACUGGCGCAGCUGAGACAAAUGAAUAAAGCGUCCAAUCACAAACUUGGGCUGCCACGUCCUGGACGUCUGCUCAGGAGCAGAAACGACAAAAACAAGCAGCAGGUCACAGAGCUGUGUGACGGCGUCAUCAAGGUUCACGCCCCUCUCCACACUAAAGUUUCCAUGGCGAUACAACUUGACAGACAGAUGAGAGCCAGAGAUGUCACCGCUCACUUUAAGUGUGACAACAGUGGCGUCCAGCGUCUCUACGAAGUUGGAGGAAACAUCGGCGAGCGUCGUCUUCACCCGGAUUGUCUCCUUUUGGACGUUUACCACGUCAACCCUCGCUGCGAUUGGCUGAUCAAGCACUGACACACCCACUUUUGAUCCUCUCAUGAUGUGUUGGUUCUUGCUGCUAAAAAGUGUCGUUUUCUACACUAUGAAUCCAAUCCAAUAACUUCAACGCACGCAAGCUUAUGCAGUUCAGACCACCAAUGCACUUUGAAAGGUGCUACUGUACGUCUAAAGCUCCAAAGGUUUGGCAGCCAUAUUUGAAUUACACAUGUUUCUUACAUAAACUCGCCAUGUUGUGUGAUUAGAUGUCCACUCUGCACAAUUAUUGUACAUUUCUGCUCAUUAAACUGAACAGAUGUGUUUUAUUUCAAGUAGAAUCGAGCCAACUAUGUACAAAGUUUGGUUUGGACUGAAAACAUGGCACUUCUUUGCACGUUUUGACAGCCAUUUAAAAAAACAAAAACAACUAGAGAGUCCAGUCCAGGUGUUAGGAGCAGCUCAUAUUGUCCAUUUGUGACUCCUCGGCAGCCAUGGCGGCCGCCUGCAGGGCAUCUGUGUCGCUCUGGAGGAGUUUCCUCUCGCUGUGCAUGUUGUUUUCGUGGCGCUUUAGAUCGGACGCCUGCAAAACACAAACAACAGAUGCGAUAAAAGCAUAGAUAACAUGCUUGAACGAUACACGGGCCUCUCACUAGAGGGCAGCAGUGUUUAAACUAAUCAACAGGCUGCUUGUUCGAGUACACAGGACAGAAGUUUCUGACAGGAAUGAAAAGAAAAGCGGAGGAAAACUGGACUGUGCACAUUCAUUUCUGCGGUGUUGCUGUGAAGGGACUCACCUCCUAGGUACACACACACCUGUCCAUCACUUGUCAUCAAAUUAAUGGCGAGUGCACAAGUUAUUAUUUAAGGUUUUCAGGUGUGUGAUUUUAACUUAAUGAAAAAGACCCCCCGCCCCAUCCCAACUGCUGGUUUUUCAACAAUUGAACAUGCAAAAAUUAGCAAAAGAAAGCACCAUUUAAAAAUGAUCAACAGAGUUUACAUAAAUACAUACCCCAUUCAUCCAAAUGAGUCACUAUGUCUGUUUCAGUCACUGUGUUAUUUAGUCACUACAGUAAUUACAACUUGUGUUUACAUCCACAGGAACCACAUGGGUUAGCCUACUUUAUACAGUAUUUAUAACCUUACCAGUGUUCACUUCACAGCCACAGAUGGUUCAUCUAAUUAUUUACACAUUACU